AUGGCUUUCGGCCUUACCAAUGCACCUGCAACCCAACAAAGGCUUGUAGACUUAUUAUUUGGUUCAUUUGUUCUUAAGGUAUUUGCAUACCUCGAUAAUAUAAUUAUUAUUUCUAACACAUUCGGUGAACACGUUUCUUUAUUAUUACGUGUAAUAAAUAAGUUAAAGGAAGCAAAUUUAACAAUAAACUUUGAAAAAAGCCAAUUUUUUCCGUCUCGUCUGAAAUAUUUGGGCUACGUAAUAGACGCCCAGGGUCUCAGAACAGACCCUGAAAAGGUAAAAGCUAUUUUAGAGUAUCCAACACCAUCUUCAAAAAAAGAUGUAAAACGUUUUUUAGGAACAGCCACCUGGUAUAGACGUUUUGUGCCAAAUUUUAGCACUAUAGCUGGGCCUCUUAAUAAACUUACUUCAAAUCGCAAGGGUGCUCCAAAAUUUUACUGGUCACCAGAGGCAGACAUAGCUUUUAAAAAGCUAAAAUAA